AUGAGACAUCUUGUUUUUCUUCUCUUACUUUCUUCUGUGUGUUUCUUUGCUUUGAGUGAAGUUGUAGGUAAUAAUUUUAGUAAAUGCAAGGAGUUCUUUUUGAACACCGCACCUCCUGACUUCACACCACCAUGGGGCGUCUCAGUCAAGCCCAUCUGUCAGUGUAUUUGGGAUGACAAUGAUAAAGAAAUGUAUCUUUAUGCAACUUUGUACAGCACGACCUGGAAGAUCCCCGUCUACUCCGCAUAUGUGUUUCGUGAAAGCAAAAGUAUUGGGAGAUGUGAUGUCUGGUACAUUGAACCUCAGCUGGAUGGAGAUACUGAGCCAUGUAUGCGGCCUAAAGGCUACGGUACAAAUAUUGGCACUAAUCAGGCUGUUAAUAGGGACUAUGAGAAAUCUGGCUAUGACAAAGGUCACCUCUAUCCCGUGCUCCACACCGACAAUCAUCUGUCAAUGCUGGCCACAUCCACACUGACCAACGCGGCUCCGCAGAAUCCAGAUUUCAAUCGGAAUGCAUGGCUAAGACAUGAGGAAGCUGUAAUUGAAGACCUGGAAUCCUGUGAUGAGGCAGCUUAUGUGGUGACUGGUGUAGUUCCUGACACAAAAACCAUACCGAAUAAAAAAGUCACUGUGUCAAAGUAUUACUGGAGAGCCACCUGCUGUCUGAAGAACAGUCAGUACACAGGGAAGGGCUAUUAUGGACCGGACAACAAUGGCAAAGUGGAGGAAUUAACAAUAAAAGAUCUUCAGAACAAGCUCAGUGGUUUUUACCAGAUACAAAAAAUAGAAAUUUUUCCAAGUAUACCACCACUAAAUCAACCGGCAAAAAUAACCAAGACUACAUACACAUGUAACUAA